AUGCCCUCUCAUGCGUCUCCAGUUACCUUUGAGGAGGUCACCAUGUAUUUCACUGAGGCAGAGUGGGCCCUGCUGGAUCCAAGCCAAAGAGCUCUCUACAAGGAAGUCAUGCUGGAGAACUACGGGAGCAUGGCGUUUCUGGGUAAGAACUGGAAGGAUUUGAUCUUAGAUUUGAGAUUCAAUCAGAGUGGCAGUCUUCAACAGCAUCAAAGAAUCCACACAGGGAAGAAACCUUUUGAAUGCUCAGAGUGUGGAAAGAGAUUCAGUGACAGUGGCAGUCUUCAAAGGCAUCGAAGAACCCACACAGGGAAGAAACUUUUUGAAUGCUCAGAGUGUGGAAAGAGAUUUACUAGCAGUGGCCAUCUUCAAAGGCAUUUAAGAACCCACACAGGGGAGAAACCUUUUGAAUGCUCAGAGUGUGGAAAGAGAUUUACUAGCAGUGGCCAUCUUCAAAGGCAUUUAAGAACCCACACAGGGGAGAAACCUUUUGAAUGUUCAGAGUGUGGAAAGAGAUUCAGUCAGUGUGGCCAUCUUCAACUGCAUCUAAGAACCCACACAGGGGAGAAACCUUUUGAAUGCUCAGAGUGUAGAAAGAGAUUCAGUCGGAGUGGCAGUCUUCAACAGCAUCAAAGAAUCCACACAGGGAAGAAACCUUUUGAAUGCUCAGAGUGUGGAAAGAGAUUCAGUGACAGUGGCAGUCUUCAAAGGCAUCGAAGAACCCACACAGGGAAUAAACCUUUUGAAUGCUCAGAGUGUGGAAAGAGAUUUACUAGCAGUGGCCACCUUCAAAGGCAUUUAAGAACCCACACAGGGGAGAAACCUUUUGAAUGUUCAGAGUGUGGAAAGAGAUUCAGGGAGUGUGGCCAUCUUCACCGGCAUCUAAGAACCCAUACAGGGGAGAAACCUUUUGAAUGCUCCGAGUGUGGAAAGAGAUUCAGUCGGAGUGGCACUCUUCAAAGUCAUGUAAGAACCCACACAGGGGAGAAACCUUUUGAAUGCUCCGAGUGUGGAAAGAGAUUCAGUUGCAGUGGCACUCUUCAAAGUCAUGUAAGAACCCACACAGGGGAGAAACCUUUUGAAUGCUCCGAGUGUAGAAAGAGAUUCAGUCGGAGUGGCAGUCUUCAACAGCAUCAAGCAAUCCACACGGGGGAGAAACCUUUUGAAUGCUUCGAGUGUGGAAAGAGAUUCAGUCGCAGUGGCAAUCUUCAACGGCAUCUAAGAACCCACACAGGGGAGAAACCUUUUUAA